GGUCCCUUCGGCUUGCCGUACUUGUGCACUGUGUCACUCUGUGUCUAUGCGGAAGUUUCUGUUUACUUCUUGUGUGUUUGCCCAAAGAAAGCAGCAGCUUGUAAAUAAUCUCACAGCUCUCGGUUUUAGUGAAGUUUUUUUUAAGGAACGAUGGAUCUAAAUCAGGAGUCUGUUAAAAAGAUUCUCUUUAAGUACAAAUUUCACGAUGUUGCCAUUGAGGAAUUACAGAAAAUCCAAGUGAAAUACCCAGACAUGAAAACAGUGACAGGAACUUACACAUUUACUGACAGUUCUCAGAAGGAACUGCUGAAGUUAUUGGGAAACAUCCCUGUCAAAUACCAAGGACAUUCUUACAACUUGCCUAUUCAGUUGUGGCUGUUGGAUUCGUUCCCCUUCACACCACCUAUCUGCCUUCUUCGCCCCACAGCCAACAUGGUGAUCAGAGAGGGCAAACAUGUGGAUGCCAAGGGCCGGAUCUACCUCCCUGCACUGCACAACUGGGAUCAUCCCAAGUCAUCUGUAAUAGUGCUGCUGGAGGAGAUGAUUGCUAAGUUUGAAGAGGAUCCUCCUCUGGCCACAAAGUCUACAGGAAAUGAAAAAGACCCAAAUGAGCUGCUUGCAAUGGUUUCACAUCUAAACAUUACUGAAGGUGGAAGUCAGCCAGAGCAGAGUAUAAAUAAAAUCUCUGUGAUUGGAGGAGGAGACUUGGGCAUGGCUGCUGUGUUGAGUAUAAUGGCAAAAGGUUUUGUGGACAAACUGGUUUUAAUUGACAUACCAGAGAGUUCAACGAAAGGAGGCACCAUGGACUUGGAGCUAUUCAGCCUGCCGAAAGUGGAAGUCUCGAAAGAUCUGUCAGCCUCGGCCGGUUCUAAGGUGGUGGUGGUUACUGCAAACGCUUGGAAUAAUGAGCAGUCAUUUGUGAGCGUGGUUCAGACUAACGUGGAUCUCUACGGGAAGAUCAUCUCGAGUCUUACUCGCCUCAGUCCCAAUGCAGUGCUGCUCAUCGCCUCUCAGCCCGUGGAAAUUAUGACCCAUGUGGCAUGGAGACAGAGUCGUCUGCCACCUACGCAUGUGAUCGGUGUAGGCUGUAACCUGGAGUCUGAGAGGCUCUCUUACAUCCUCAACGUUGCAAUCCUAGCCAACAGCACAAACAAAAAAGCCUGGGUCAUAGGAGAGCAGACUGGCAACAAGGCUGCUGUCUGGGCUAAUGUAAGUGGGGACAAACACCAAGUGUUGGUCCCAGCGUCUAAGUCCACAAGACCACUGAUAGACAGAGCGUUUGAGAUAUUGAAGGGGAAAGGUCAGAGGUCUUGGUCAGUGGGGCUGUCCAUUGCUGACAUCACGCACUCCAUUCUUACAGACCAGCAUAAAACACACUCCAUCACUACUCUGGCUCAGGGAUGGGGAGGUAUCGGCUCGGAGGUGUUCCUCAGCUUGCCCUGUGUGUUAGGAACUAACGGAUCCACCCGUCUGGCAGGUGUCACCCUCAGUACAGAAGAUGAUGCCAAGCUGAAAGAGAGUGUCUCGUCUCUGAACAACCUCAUCACGCAGCUGAGGAUUUAGCUCUAAAAUCCUCUCAGAUCCCAGCAAAGACUUACAACGCCAUCAGCAGCAUAGUAACAGUAACAGCAAAUCAAAACAAACCUCAUGCAGAUCUACACCUACACUUUCUCACACUGCAUGGUGCCUUUCAAAUUCAGGAAGACUCGGGAAGACGGGUGCUGAGACGGAGACGCCCUGUUCUCGCUCUAGCUCACACACACACACAAUCUAAACAAAACGAAUAGAAUUGAGCUCUUUUCCGUUGUCUUUUCUGGAAUCUGUUACUCAGUUUGUUCAUGCCAGGUACUUGUACAAUUUAUUAUUAUAUCAUAUUCGUUUGAGGAGGAUUUUUAAGCAACGAUCACAAGAACACUUAAGAUUUCUCGAAACAUUCGUUACUGUACUUUGCAAUGCCUUGGUUGAUUUUAUGCAAUCCUGCUGAUUAUUUAUGGAACUGAUUAUGUAAGAAAAUGAAGGUAACAAAGAACAAUAUUCUGACCCACAUUACUGUGAUUUGAAUUAUACCAAAGCAAUCUGAACCAAUGAAAUGCCUUUUUCUAUGUUUCUUUUUUUCACCAACUAGAUGUAUAAUGUAGUUUACUUAACGCUUUGCCUAAAAACAAUCUGUUACACUACUUGUAUAUAAAGUGAGCAGGUGUAGAGUAAAUAUUACAAACUUGAACUAAGA